UUAGAAUCCGAAAAUCCUUUUGUUAGUGAAUGUGACAUCAUUGGUGAGAGAAAGAGCUGUUCGUAUUUGUCAUUUGCCUUGUUCGUUUGGUAUAAGUAGUAGAGUUUGCCUAGUUUCAGCUUGAACAACAUCUGACAAAUGGGGGAGGUGACAGAAACAAGAAAAGAUAGCCUGGUUUUUGCUGUUAAUGGGCAGAGGUUUGAACUCUCCAACGUCGACCCUUGUACUACUUUGAUUGAAUUCCUCCGUUAUCAGACUCCUUUCAAAAGUGUGAAGCUCAGCUGCGGCGAAGGAGGCUGUGGCGCCUGCGUUGUCCUGCUGUCCAAGUACGAUCCAGUGCUAGACCAGGUUGAGGAUUUUACUGUGAGUUCGUGCCUCACACUUCUUUGCAGUGUUAAUGGAUGUUCAAUCACAACAGUUGAGGGAGUUGGAAAUAGCAAGGAUGGUUUCCACGCUAUUCAAGAAAGGCUUGCUGGUUUCCAUGCUUCUCAAUGUGGCUUUUGUACCCCGGGAAUGUGUGUUUCUCUCUUUUCAGCUCUUGUCAGUGCUGAUAAGACCAAUAGGCCAGAACCCCGCCAUGGAUUCUCCAAGCUGACAGUUGCUGAAGCAGAAAAGGCCAUUUCAGGAAACCUUUGUCGCUGUACCGGUUACCGACCUAUUGCUGAUGCUUGUAAAAGUUUUGCUGCUGAUGUUGAUAUGGAGGACUUGGGUUUUAACUCCUUUUGGAAAAAAGGAGAGAGUGACGAAGUAAAGCUGAGGAGGUUACCUUCAUACAAUCAUACUAAUGCAAGUUCUAAGUUUCCUGAAUUUCUCAAGAAGGAACUCAAGGCAGGUGCCACUCUGGUUUCAGAAGGAUACCGUUGGUAUAGUCCUGUUAGUCUUGAGCAGCUUCAAAGCUUAUUGCAAAUGAAUGAGGACAAUGAUGGAACUUCAAUCAAGAUUGUUAUUGGUAACACAGGAACGGGUUAUUAUAAGGAAUUAUUAGGCUAUGAAAGAUACAUCGAUUUAAAAUAUAUUCCUGAGCUAUUGAUCAUCAGGAAAGACCAGAUUGGGAUUGAAAUUGGAGCAGCAGUGACGAUUUCUAAAGCUAUCAAAGCACUAACGGAAGAAAAUGAAUAUGAAUUUCACCAAGGUAAAAUCGUGUUCAAAAAAAUUGCUGAUCAUAUGGAAAAGAUUGCUUCAGCUUUCAUAAGGAAUUCAGGUAGCGUAGGAGGGAAUUUGGUAAUGGCCCAGAGGAAACAAUUUCCAUCAGAUCUUGCUACAAUACUACUUUCUGUGGGUACAUGGGUGAAUAUAAUGACUGGUCAGAAAGUGGAACAGCUUUCACUAGAGGAGUUCCUGGAAAUGCCUCCUUUGCAUUCCAAAAGUGUUCUUUUAAGUAUUAGACUCCCUUGCAGGGAGUCUACUAAGGAUAUUUCUUCUGCAACUGAUACUAAGUUGGUAUUUGAAACUUAUCGAGCUGCACCACGUCCUCUGGGAAAUGCACUGCCCUAUUUAAAUGCUGCUUUCUUGGCUGAGGUUUCUCUUUGUAGUAACUCUACUGGAGUUACACUAAAUAACUGCCAGCUGGCUUUUGGUGCUUUUGGGACCAAACACUCAAUUAGAGCAAGAAAGAUUGAGGAGUUCUUAACUGGCAAAUUGCUAACUGUCAGUGUUCUGUAUGAGGCUAUUAAAUUACUUGAAACUACUAUAAUACCUGAAGAUGGGACCUUGAAUCCUGCUUACAGGUCAAGCUUGGCUGUUGGCUUCCUUUUCGAGUUCCUAAGCCCGUUGGUUGACACCCCUGCAAAAAUUUCCAGUUGUUGGCUCGAUGGAUACAAUAGCCCCGAGUGGUUCAUGGAUUCCAAAAUAAAACAGAAUAAUGAUCAGCUUGGAGAAAUCAAACUACCAACAUUGUUAUCAUCAGGAAGGCAAGUGAUUCAUUCAAGUAAAGAGUAUCAUCCAGUUGGAGAACCAAUUCCAAAAACUGGAGCUGCCAUUCAAGCUUCUGGUGAGGCUGUUUACGUGGAUGACAUACCAUCUCCAAGUAAUUGUCUCCAUGGAGCAUUCAUUUAUAGCACAGAGCCUCUGGCACGGGUAAAGGGCAUAAGCUUUAAGGCUGGACUGUCACGUGAUGGAGUCACCGCACUUAUUUCUGUCAAAGACAUCCCUGGGGAAAAUGUAGGUUUCACGAGCAUAUUGGGUGACGAACCUUUAUAUGCAGAUGAGGUUACUCAGUGUGCUGGAGAUCGCAUUGCCUUUGUGGUUGCAGAUACACAGAAACAAGCAGACUUGGCAGCAAGCCUUGCAGUUGUUGAUUAUGACAAAGAGAAUCUAGAACCACCAAUAUUAUCAGUAGAAGAGGCUGUUGCGAGGUGUAGCUUCUUUGAGGUUCCUCCUUUCCUUUGUCCCGAACAGGUUGGUGAUUUCUCAAAAGGAAUGGCUGAAGCUGAUCACCAAAUUCUCUCUGCUGAGCUCAAACUUGGGUCACAAUACUAUUUCUACAUGGAGACACAAACUGCUCUUGCUGUGCCAGAUGAAGACAACUGUAUUAUAGUGUACAGUUCUAAUCAAUGCCCUGAGUUCGCACAUGAUACAAUAGCUAAAUGCCUUGGUCUUCCUGCACAUAAUGUUCGUGUGAUUACGAGAAGAGUUGGAGGAGGCUUUGGUGGCAAGGCCAUAAAAUCAAUACCUGUUGCCACAGCAUGCGCACUUGCUGCUUACAAAUUAAAGCGUCCAGUGAGGAUAUAUCUCAAUCGCAAGACUGAUAUGAUAAUGGCAGGAGGCAGGCAUCCGAUGAAAAUAACUUACACUGUAGGGUUCAAAAGUAAUGGGAAGAUUACGGCCCUAAAACUUGAUAUACUAAUAGACGCAGGGAUAUACUCAGAUGUCAGUGUAAUUAUGCCUCAACAUAUGCUUGGAACACUUAGAAAGUAUGACUGGGGUGCUUUGUCUUUUGAUAUAAAAGUAUGCAAAACGAACCUUCCAAGUAGAUCAGCAAUGAGAGCCCCCGGGGAAGUACAGGCAUCAUUUAUUACUGAGGCUAUAAUUGAACAUGUAGCAUCCACCCUUUCCAUUGAAGUGGAUUCUGUCAGAAAUAUUAAUCUCCACACAUACAACAGCCUUGACUUAUUUUACAAGAGCAAUGCAGAGGAACUUUUGGAAUAUACUCUACCUUCAAUAUGGGAUAAGUUGGCCUCUUCUUCAAGCUUUUACCAUAGGACUGAAAUGAUAAAAGAAUUUAAUAGGUCUAAUAAAUGGAGAAAAAGAGGAAUUUCACGCGUGCCUACUGUGCAUGAAGUGCUUGUGAGACCAACCCCUGGGAAGGUAAGCAUUCUAAAAGAUGGUUCUAUUGUUGUUGAAGUUGGAGGAGUUGAGCUGGGUCAGGGUCUCUGGACAAAAGUAAAACAGAUGACUGCAUAUGCUCUCAGUUUGGUCCAAUGUGGUGGAACAGAAGAACUUUUGGAGAAAGUAAGAGUCAUACAAGCUGAUACCUUGAGUUUAAUCCAAGGGGGUAUGACUGCAGGCAGCACCACAUCUGAGUCAAGCUGUGAAGCAGUUAGACUUUGCUGCAAUGUCUUGGUUGAGAGACUUACUGCUCUGAAGGAAAGGUUGCUGGAACAAAUGAGAUCUAUUGAAUGGGAGACAUUGAUUCUGCAGGCAUAUCUCAGUUCUGUGAACUUAUCAGCAAGUUCAUUAUUUAUACCUGGCAUUUCUUCCGCAGCAUACCUAAACUAUGGUGCUGCAGUCAGUGAGGUGGAAAUAAACCUUCUAACUGGGGAGACUACCACUUUGCGGACAGAUAUUAUAUAUGACUGUGGCCAAAGCUUAAAUCCAGCUGUGGAUUUAGGACAGAUUGAAGGAGCUUAUGUUCAAGGACUUGGGUUCUUUAUGCUUGAAGAAUACCCCACAAACUCAGAUGGAUUAGUGAUUGCAAAUGGCACCUGGACUUACAAGAUCCCCACAGUGGACACCAUUCCCAAACAAUUUAAUGUGGAAAUCCUCAACAGUGGACAUCAUCAAAAUCGUGUUCUUUCUUCCAAAGCUUCUGGUGAGCCGCCAUUGACUCUAGCAGUUUCAGUUCACUGUGCUACAAGGGCAGCUAUAAGAGAAGCCAGGAAGCAACUUGUUUCAUGGACUGGCCAAAACGAUUGGUCAGAGUCUACAUUCCAGCUGGAAGUACCUGCCACCAUGCCUGCUGUGAAAGAGCUGUGUGGGCUCGAUAGCAUCCAGACGUUCUUGCAGUGGACAAUGGGCAAAAAGUAAAGGAAAUUCCGCUGGCUGGCUUGUGUUUUGUUUGUCGUCUUUUACGUUUAAAGCCAUAACGAUAAAAACAAGUUAAAAGCUGAAGAACACGUGAAACUCCAAGUACUGGCUGAUGGAUUUAGAGCCAAAA